CGGGGCGCCGGGGCCCGCAGGUCGCCGGCCGUGCCCCGGCUGCGCCUCCGAGCCUCGCCCAUGGCUGAGGGCCGGCGCCGGGAGGACGAGGAGGAAGAGCUACGCGAGCGCCGCGAGCUUGGUGGCCCGCGCCGCGCCCGGGGCCGCGCGCUCUCGGGCCACCCGGCCGCAGAUCGCAACGAACGAAAUAAACCAGAACAUCGUUCUUCAAGCCAAGGACCCUUGUCGUCCAUUAGAGCGGUAAUCAAGAGAUCUUCUCGGACUUCUAUUCAGAGUGAACUUCAUCGAGAUAGGAGGCGCCCAGAGAUCACCAUUGUGGCAGCUGAGCCAUUGAGGCCAGCCUCGUGGUUUCCAGGAGCCCCACCCCCAGGACUGGGAUUUUCCCCAUCUUCUGCCGCAGGCCCUUGGAGGCCAAAUGAGCUGGUUCCUGCUGAGCUCCCACCAUCCUAUGAACAAGUCAUAAAAGAAAUAAACCAAGUUCAAGUUAAUACUACAAAUAAUAAUAAUGCUGCUGCCACUCCAAGGCACACUGUUACUUCUGCAACUCAGACUGACUUUUCAGAAGAAAUAGACAACGAUCUGCCUCAAACACUCCAGGCACCUCUCAAGCCUCUCCAGCCUUCCCCAACAGUCUCAUCUGGCAAUCUUUCAACAAAUGUGGAGCCUUUAAUAGUUUUUGAUAUUUUCGAAGAACAGAGUUGUUCAGAAAACCCCAGUGCUACAAGAUGUCCAGUGCCAAAACCAAGAUCAAAAAGCAACCUCAGACCAGUAGCCAGAGAUACUCACAUUAAAGAGCAAAGUCACCAGAAAAUCAGCCCAGCGGCCACGGAAGAGGAGUCAUCCCCAGGCCGGCCCCAGUCUCUGUUGGACAAUACCAACAACUUAGACAGUCAGGCAGUGAUGAACAUUAUGAACACAGAACAAAGCCAAAAUAGUAUUGUUUCAAGAAUCAAAGCAUUUGAGGGUCAGACAAAUACAGAAACCUCAGGACUGCCCAAGAAACCAGAAAUUACUCCCCGUACACUUCCCUCCAGGCCUACUGUUUCCUCAGGGAAACCCUCUGUGGCUCCCAAACCAGCGGCUAACAGAACUUCUGGAGAAUGGGACUCUUGGACUGAAAGCAGACUCAAGGUGACCUCCAAGGAAGGGCUCACCCCAUACCCUCCACCGCAAGAAGUAGGAAGCAUCUCAGUAACCAAACCUGAAUUGCCAAAGAAACCAAAUCCUGGCCUUAUACGAAGUGCUAAUCAUGAGAUAACGGGAGGAGGGCCCCUGGCAGAGAGCCCUGAUGGUGGGAAGAAAGUCCCAACUCCUGCUCCACGGCCUUUGCUGCCGAAGAAAUCAGUUUCCUCAGAAAAUCCCACCUGCCCUCCGCUGAAACCCGUCACUGUUCCUCCCCGACUUUCAGUGGCAUCACAAGCCAAAGCAUUCAGGUCACUGGGAGAAGGGCCCCCGGCUAAACCCCCAGGUCCAGUUCUGCAAAGCAAGCCCCUGGGUGAUAUCGACCUCAUCAGCUUUGAUGAUGAUGUUUUACCCACCCCAUCUGGGAACCUGGCUGAAGAAUCUGUUGGUUCAGAGAUGGCUCUAGAUCCCUUUCAGCUCCCCACAAAAACAGAACCAACAAAAGAACAAGCAGUUCAACCAGCACCCACCAGGAAGCCCACUGUAAUUCGAAUUCCAGCCAAACCAGGAAAAUGUUUACAUGAGGAUCCACAAAGCCCACCUCCUCUCCCUGCUGAAAAACCUAUUGGAAACACUUAUAGUAUAGUAUCUGGAAAACUCAGUAAUAUUGACAGAACUAGAAACUUGGAAUCCAGCCACACUGGUCAUACAGGAGGUUUUGUGCGAGGACCCCCAAGGUUGCCACCAAGACCUGUAAAUGGAAAAACCAUUUCAACUCGACAACCUCCUCCCAAGGUGCCCCCUGAGAGACCACCUCCCCCCAAACUUUCUGCGACCAGAGCAUCAAAUAAAAAACUGCCUUUUAAUCGGUCCUCUUCUGACAUGGAUCUUCAGAAAAAACAAAGUAACUUGGCAUCUGGACUCUCAAAAGCCAAGAGUCAAGUCUUUAAAAAUCAAGAUCCGGUGCUACCCCCUCGCCCCAAACCAGGACACCCUCUCUACAGUAAAUACAUGCUGUCUGUGCCUCAUGGAAUUGCCAAUGAAGACAUUGUCCCACAAAACCCCGGAGAUCUCUCUUGUAAGCGUGGGGACGUACUUGUGAUGCUGAAGCAGGCAGAAAAUAAUUACUUGGAAUGCCAAAAGGGAGAAGAUACUGGCAAAGUCCACCUGUCUCAGAUGAAGAUUAUUACUCCACUUGAUGAACAUCAUAGAAGCAGACCAAAUGAUCCAAGCCGCGCUCAGAAGCCUGUUGACAGUAGCGCUCCUCACGCUGUUGUUCUUCAUGAUUUUCCAGCAGAGCAAGUUGAUGAUUUGAACCUCACUUCUGGAGAAAUUGUUUAUCUUUUGGAAAAGAUAGAUAGAGAUUGGUACAGAGGGAACUGUAGAAACCGGAUUGGCAUAUUUCCUGCCAACUACGUCAAAGUAAUUGUUGAUAUUCCAGAAGGAGGAAAUGGGAAAAGAGAAUCCAUUUCAUCUCUUUGUGUUAAAGGCUCAAGAUGUAUUGCUCGGUUUGAAUAUGUUGGCGACCAGAAGGAUGAGUUAAGUUUCUCAGAGGGAGAAAUUAUUAUUCUUAAAGAGUAUGUGAAUGAUGAAUGGGCCAGAGGAGAACUUCGAGACAGAACUGGGAUUUUCCCCCUUAACUUUGUGGAACUUGUUGAAGAUUGUCCCACCUCUGCUGCAACUGUUUUAAGCUCAAAGGUACCACUAAAAACCAAAAAAGAAGAUUCUGGCUCAAAUUCUCAGGUUAACAGUCUUUCUGGAGAGUGGUGUGAAGCUCUUCACAGUUUUAGAGCAGAGACCAGUGAUGACUUAUCCUUCAAAAGGGGAGACCGGAUCCUGAUCCUGGAGCGUCUGGACUCUGACUGGUGCAGGGGCAGACUGCAGGACAGAGAGGGGAUCUUCCCAGCAGUUUUCGUGCGGCCCUGCCCAGCUGAGGCAAAAAGUGUGUCUGCUAUAGCACCGAAGGGGAGGAAGGCCAAAGCCUUAUAUGAUUUCCACGGGGAGAAUGAAGAUGAGCUUUCCUUCAAGGCUGGAGAUAUAAUAACAGAGCUGGAAUCUGUAGAUGAUGACUGGAUGAGUGGAGAACUAAUGGGAAAAUCUGGAAUAUUUCCCAAAAACUAUGUUCAGUUUCUACAAGUCAGCUAAAGGUGAAGCCUGACUGUGUUUGUUGACACAAGAACUCACUUGAACUAUCACUUUGACUAUCAGAUAUGUUUUUGCACUAUUUUUUUAACUGAAAAAGAAAUAUCUAAGCUGUACAUGGUACACUAGAAUUUUCUGAAAGCAGAAAACUUCUAGAUUUUGUAGUUAGCUUUCAUUACAGUAGAAACAUGCACAUGGGAACCCAUGAGCUAGGAUUCUACCAAGGAAAAUAUCUAGCAGGAUUAGCAAUGGAGACACAUUUCCCCAGGGAAAACAUCUGGUGACAUGGCAGCACAGGGAAGCUGACAAGCAAAAGUUGCACUUGGACAUCUAUUUUAAUCAGCACAAGUGAAUUAACUGUGCUUUUUCACUUUUUACUUUUGUUUAAAAAGAAGGUGUUUGACAUUCUACAUCAUGUAACUAUCAGGUUAGUAAUCUAAAUUUCAUUUUUGAUGUUCAGAUUAAUUCUUACAGUUUGAAUGCAUUAGCCUUAUUACCAGGGCCAGUCUUUCCUUCAGGAGAGAUCGUUUAAUGACUAGUUGGAGCAUUUGUAAGCACAUAGUGUUAUCAGUUCAUGCUCACCAAAUGCUUCUUGUUACUGUGUUUUCCAUUUGUCCAAGGAUUUGAAGGUGGUCAAAAUGUGAUGUAUGUUACCUACUCAAAAGAACCAAAAGCAUCCCUGAAAUGCCUUGCUAAUACAACUAACCCUUCCAUAUACAUGCUAUACUUAUUUCUUUGCUCAAUGUAUACUUUAUGUUAACAGGGUUAUUAUAAAGCAUACUUCCUGAAUCUGCAAUCAUUCCUUUGACAAUGACUGGUACCCAAAGGAAAAUUCAUUUUCUUUGCAUUACCCCAGUAAUAUAUAAAAGCUGUUUCUUGUUAUAGUAGUACAUUAUGAAUCACAAAUCGUAUCUUAGAAUACAGAACAGCUGUUAAGAUGGAAAACAAUGCCAAACCCCCAAAGCUCAUUUCUUUACAAUAUAAUCAGAAUGAAAAAUAAUUUAAGAGGACUGAAGACUGGUACUUUUUUCUUUUAUUUUUUUCCCUAGCUCAUCCCUGCAUAAUUAUUAGAGUAAAUAAAAAAACCACUUUCCUGCCCUCCAUUGUUGUACCUUCUAAGCUUGAGAUAAAAGUGGUUCUUUUCAUGACUGAUUCAAUUACAGUUUAUGGGCUAAAGCCAGAUAGGUUGAAGACAAUCUUCCAGACAGAUCAGUGGAAUAGAAUUUUAUUGGAAAUAUAAAAUGCUUUCCCAACAAUGCUCAUGACUUUCUUCUAUUUUGAGAAGAGUUUCAUAUGCUGGACCACUUUUUAGCUUUUGUUGUUUUUUCCCAUUGUCCAAAAAGUUAGGCCAUCAGUGGUUAUACCAUUAUGGGAACACCACAUGGAGUUCUAUAUAAGUAAGGCAAUAUUUACUUUGUAUUUUACUAAAGUUCAUCUCCCAGUUAUGUGGUUACAUUUGGUUUUAGAGUAUGAGAACUGUUUUUUCUACAUGUUUAGGGUAAAGAAGCGAGUAUAAAGAAAAUUCUUGUCAAAUGUCAUUCAAAACUAAUUUCAUGAGAAAUGGGUGACUCAAAGCAUUAUCCAAACCAAAUUCUCAAUUGCAGUAAGCUAUACAACAACAAGAAGAGGGUGGGGACAUGGAUUGGGACAUGAGGUAUAUGAUCUUUGCCUGUGUAAUUUUAACAUCUUUUAUUGGAGAUUCUGAAAACCUGUUUUUAUUGGAGAAAAAUAUCCCCCUUAAAUUUUGGCCUUCUGUCAGCAGAAUUAUAAGUGCAAUAGUUGUAAAUCUACUUGACACUAUAAUAAACUGAACCGAACUUA